AUGACAGACUUUUCCAGCUUGAGCUGGGAGCAAUUGGAUCCUUUAUUUGAGAAAUCCAUCACAACUUCUGCCACCAACAGUCGUAUUCCAGCCUUGCAAAGAGUAUGCCAACUCUUAGCUGCCAACGAGAUCCCGCCAGAGGCGUUCGCUAAGCUAUCUGCUUUAGUGUUACAAACGUACAAUUUUUACCUGGAUGAUGAAAGUAGAAAGGAGGUGGUCACCACUAUACAAGCUCUUUUGCACAGUAAGCCAGAAUUGCUAAACAAGUAUGUCAAAUUCAUCAAAGACAUUGCAGUUCCACCCAAAUCUAUUGCGACCACCGAUUUGAUCACAUUGUUGACCUGGAUCAACAAGAUCAGUGUUUUGGCUCCACAAUUGACUGCAGAUAUUGCCAUUACCCAGGCAACGUUAGUGGAAUCCGUAGUAAGUGCUGUUUCUUCGGCUGCUGCGUCUGCAAAGUCGAACGCAAAGCACAAUCGUAGAGUUCAUGAUUCCGUAUUGACUGCUACUAAGCUGUCAAUCUAUAAGACUAUCAACGGAGCCAAAUCAAUAGAAAGUACAAUCGAUACUUAUGUAAAAACCUUGACGUCGUCGCAGUCAACUUCGUCGUCCAUUCUAUUCUUCGGUCUUUUAACCAAGACCGUGCAUGAAUUGGCUCCUGUUCAGCCAACUGCUGCCCAAAUCUUUGGAGAGAAGCAGAAAACAGUCAUCUUGCAGUAUUUUAAUAAGGAAGUCUUACUUGGAAAGGUUGCACCUACUCAGGAAAGCUUGAAUGUAUUUGGCUACUUCAUAAAUGAGUAUAUCACCACCAAAUCGGAUUUCACAGAUGUAAUCUUGCCCAAUUUGGAAAAGGCGAACUUGAGAUCUCCGGAAGUGACUUUUGGCUCUAUCUUGGUUCUGUUUUUCAGUAAUUUACCUUCCAGUGUUUCAUUGGGUGACAUUUUGAUUGAAUCCAAGCUUUUAUCACAAUUUAUAUCAAAUUUGAAGUCGACGAAAGAAGAAACAAGAGAAGGAGCCUUGACCGCUUUGAAGGUUGUUCUUAAUCAACAUUCAUUUACCGAAGAAUGCACUAAGACUUUAAUCUCAGAAAUCUUUAAAGCUCUAAAAUCAAUUUCCAAUGUUGAACAGAAAGUUAUCUUUGGAGGCGCAAUCUCCUCAAUUGACCCAUUGACGGUAGAUAAUUCUGAAUCAAUACUAACUCAAUUACUUACAUUUGUGAUAAAAGACCAAAAUGAGAUCUCAUUGACUGGGUAUGUUAGAGCAUUUCUUAGCCAUUUUAUUAAAGCUUUAAGCUUUGACCUGGGUUUAAAGGAUUACCAAAAAUUCGUAACACAACUCAACACUGGCUUGAAAGAUAAGAAAUUGAACUUAAGAAAAGUAUGGGCUACCGAACUUGGCAGUCUGCUUUACCAAAUUAAGGACAAAAGCAGUAAAGUAACCGAUUUGAUUUCUCAAGUCUCUGCUAGCUUAACAGCUUCUAUUGAUGAAGCCCAGCAGGCACCACUUCCAACAGUUUCAAAUAAAGGAAUUGCAGUUAGUUACGUUGCCUUGAGCUUAAUAUCUGAACCAAAAAUUUUCGAACCUUUAAUUAUGAUCGAAGGCGAAAAGCCCUCCAUUCUUUCAAACCAUAGAGUAUACACCAAGUUAUCAGGUUUUGAAUGCUUGUGGUACUUACGAGCCUUAAGAAAUGUUCCGACUGCGCUCUUGAAUGUUGAAGUCGCUCAAGCAUGGAUUUAUUUUGCCAUUUCUAAAAAUGUUGAAGUUGAAUAUAGAAGAUUGGCUUUGACGUUUAUUAAAGAAUUAAUGCAAAGCGAAUCAAAGAACACAUUUGCAGAUCAUAUUGUUGACGGAUUACUUUCCACUUUAACCGAUAAAGACAAUUCCCAGUUCAAUCUUGGAUUUGAAUACAUUUCCAGCAUUUUAAAUGAAAUUGCUACUCCAGAAAAUGUUGAAAAUAUUUUAAUCAUCGCCAACUAUCCUGGCAUUAAUUUAAAGAAUGGAUGGACUGGUUUAUGCCAGCAUUUAGAAGUUGAUGCAGGAAUUAUUAUACUCCAGAACCAUGAUUCUAUAAUUGAUCGUUGUCUCGAAGUGGCUCAAUCUUCUCAAUUAUACUUAGCAUCAAUUAAAACUUUAGCUCUUUGUGCAUUCAUUCAGCCUGACUUGGUUUCUCCAAAAUUAACCAAGAGGGCUAUUAAACUUGACUUAACUAAAUUGACAACAGUUGAUCAUUCGCAUAUUGCCAUUUGGCAAGGUCAAGAAGGUGAAUUGGUAAAUGACCCUUUGGUAAAGAAAGACAAGCAAAUCGAUAGAAAUACAAAAGAUUAUGAAACCAAGAAAUGGGAGCAAGACAUGAGAAAAGAAUUGGAGUUAAAGGGUAAGGUUGCUCCAAAGAAGAAGUAUACCAGAGAAGAACAGCAGUUGGUCAAUGACCAACUCUCUAAGGAAAGCAAAAUCAGAAGUCAAAUACAGGCAAAUGUUGAUGACUUUCUUCGUAGCAUUGAUUUAGUCAAUGAAUUGGUCAAUAAUGCCACUCAAAAUAUUGACAAUGGUGCUAAGCACUGGUAUCCUUAUGCCAUUGACCAUAUCUUAGAGACUUCAAUCUACGUUGAUUCUGCAUUCUUAGGCAAUAAACCAUCGCAAUCAUUGCUAGCUCUCUCUGAUAUUUUAACACCAAGAUUAGGUUCAAUUAGAAAAUUAAUUGGUGCAGCAAUCUUGAGAGUUUACAACAUUUCUACAAUCCCUGAAAACUACUUACAAGAACCAUUGAUCAAAUUAUUGUCAAGGAUUUUGUAUUUUGUCAAGAUCUUAUCUGAUAAGAGUCCUUUGGAUUCUUUAUCUUUGUCCUAUGUGUUACCAUUGUUGAAGAAGGUAAUGGAAAAUGGGAAAAAGGUUGCUAUCAAAAAUGCUUCUAAACAAGCAGUGACCUCUGAGUAUGCCGAUGAAGACCCCGAAGAGGAACAGCUCUUGUUGGCGAUGGAAAUCAUUGGUUGUCACGCUGAAGCCUUUGAAGAUGAGUUCAUUCCAAGAACCUACAUCUUGCAGGAAUUAAUCUCUUUAAUGAAGUUAGCAAGUAGAGCUAAAUUGGCCAAGGAGUGUUUCACUUCAAUUUGUCAACAUAUUUCUGUUAACAUAGAGGAAUCCGAUUUACAACUACUUUUAACUAACACUGUCAUAUCUGAGGUGUUCGUAAGGACGGCCGUUUUGGAAGUAUUGGAUAGUGAGUUUGACUUGCUGGAACGUAAGGUAUUCACCCCAGAACUUUGGAUUGCUGUCCAUGAUAACGAUGAGCAAUGCAAAGAAUUGGCUACUACUAUUUGGACUGAAAAUGAAUUUGAAAUUCCAGAAACCGGAUUUUUGGAAGUAAUGUUGAAGUUUUUCGAUAAUUCCAAUCCAGGAUUAAGAUAUUCAAUUGCCAAGGCUACUGUGGAAGGGAUUAGUUCCGUCCCAGAUGCUGUCACUUCUUUAAUCAAUCAUUUUUGGCUCAAAGAAAAGCCUCCUGCCCCAAUUUACGAUCAAUUUGGAUUAAUUGUUAAAUCAUCUCAAGAACAAAAGGAUUUAUGGGAAGAUCGUUCCACGGUUGCAUUAGUGAUUAAAGAAUUAACUCCACACCUAUCUGAGUCAUCAGUGAUUGUUCAGAUAUUCACAUUUUUAGUUAAAGAUAAGGCAUUGGGUGACAAGGAAGAUGUUGUUUGCCAGGAGCUUCAAGAAGCUGGAAUUGAAAUAAUUGAGCACCACGGUGCUAACACAAUUUCUGAAUUGAUUCCUAUUUUUGAAGAUAGUCUUGCUUCAAAGGAUAGUAAAUCAAUUACCGAAUCAGUUGUUAUUCUUUACGGUGCAUUGGCACGUCAUUUGAACAAAACUGAUGAAAGAUUAGAAAUCAUUGUCGAAAGAUUAUUAAAAACUCUCGAUACUUCUUCCGAAAUUGUCCAGUAUUCUGUUUCUGAAUGUAUCGCACCAUUAGUCCCAAAAUUCGAAAAACCUAAGUUAACUAAAUAUUUUGAUAAGUUAUUAACUAAAUUAUUCGAGGGGCCAAAGUUGGGCGUUAGGAGAGGAGCUGCUUACGGUAUUUCUGGGUUAGUCAAAGGUUCUGGUAUACAAGCCUUAUCAACCUUCGAUAUCUUGAGGGAAUUGACUGAUGCAGCUGACGACAAGAAAAAUCCACAACGUCGUGAAGGGGUCUCUUUAGCCUUCUACUGUUUGUCUAGACUGCUAGGAAAAUAUUUCGAACCUUACGUCAUCGAAGUGUUACCCAUUAUUUUGAAGUCUUUAGGUGAUCAAGUUCCAGAAGUUCGUGACGCCACGGAUUUGGCUGCUAGGCAGAUUAUGAAAACUACCACCAGUUAUGGUGUUAAGCAAUUAAUCCCAUUGGCCAUUGCUAAUUUGGAUGAAAUUCAGUGGAGAUCUAAAAAGGGAUCUGUUGAAUUGUUAGGUUCCAUGGCUUACUUAGAUCCUACUCAACUUUCAGCUUCAUUAUCUACUAUUGUUCCUGAAAUUGUUGGUGUAUUGAAUGACUCCCACAAGGAAGUACGUAAAGCUGCUGAUCAAUCUUUGAAGAGAUUUGGUGAAGUUAUCCGUAAUCCUGAAAUUCAAGUUGUUGUCCCUAAUUUGCUUAAUGCUAUUGGAGAUCCUACUAAAUACACUGAUGAUGCAUUAGAUAGGUUGAUCAAGACUCAAUUCGUUCAUUACAUCGAUGGGCCAUCUUUGGCAUUGAUAAUUCAUGUUAUCCACAGAGGUAUGAGGGAUAGAUCGGCAGCUACUAAGAGAAAGGCCUGUCAAAUUGUUGGAAAUAUGGCAAUCUUAGUUGACUCAGGAGAUUUGAAACCUUACUUGUCUCAAUUGGUUGGUGAGUUAGAAGUUGCAAUGGUUGACCCUGUGCCAGGUACGAGAUCAACUGCAGCAAGAGCAUUGGGUUCUUUGGUCGAGAAAUUAGGUGAAGAGCAAUUCCCAGAUUUGAUCCCAAGAUUGUUAGAUGCAUUGCAAGAUGAAUCGAGAGCUGGUGAUAGAUUAGGUUCUGGACAAGCCUUAGCCGAAGUUAUCUGUGGUCUUGGAAUUAACAAAUUGGAGGAAUUAUUACCUCAAAUUUUGGCCAAUGCAACUUCACCAAGGAAUCAUAUUAGAGCUGGUUACAUGCCAUUAUUGUUGUUUUUGCCUGUCUGUUUUGGUUCGCAAUUUGCUCCGUAUUUGUCUAAAAUCAUUCCACCGAUUCUUAAUGGUUUAGCAGAUAUUGACGAGGAGAUUAGAGAUACUGCAUUAAGAGCCGGUAGACUAAUUGUUAAAAACUAUGCUAAGAAGGCUGUUGACUUAUUGUUACCUGAAUUAGAAAUCGGUUUAUCUGAUGAAAGUUAUAGAAUCAGACUAUCUUCCGUUGAAUUGACUGGUGAUUUGUUGUUUCAAGUUACUGGUAUCAGUGGUAAGAACGAAUUAUCUGAAGGUAAAGAAGCUGGUGAAGAUUCCGACGAUGAAGAAGAAAAUGCCACAAUUCAAUCCAGUGAAAUCAACAAAGCUCUUACUGAAGCAUUGGGACAAGACCGUAGAGAUCGUAUUUUGGCUUUGUUAUUCAUCUGUCGUUCCGAUGUUGCAGGUAUUGUACGUAGUGCGGCUGUUGAUAUUUGGAAGGCAUUAGUUGCCAACACUCCAAGAACAGUAAAGGAAAUCUUACCUACUCUUACUCAUUUCAUCGUCCUUAGAUUAGCAUCUCCUGAUAUCACUCAACGUACAAUCGCCGCUCAAACAUUGGGUGAUAUGGUUCGUCGUGUAGGAGCUAACGCUUUGGCCCAAUUAUUACCUACAUUGGAAGAAUCAUUGAACAAUUCUUCUGACAAUGACGCCAAGCAAGGUAUUUGCAUCGCAUUGACCGAAUUAAUCAGAUCAUCGCAACACGAUGCAUUGGUCGAAUAUCAAGAAGUUUUUAUUAGAACAAUUAGAGAUGCCUUGUGUGACCCUGCUCCUGGUGUUAGAGAAUCAGCAGCUCAAGCAUUUGAAGCCUUACAAGAAGAGUUAGGUAAGGUGGUUAUUGAUGAAAUUUUACCUCACUUACUAAACUUGUUGCAGAAGGGAGAUAAUGGUUCCGUUGUUGAAAGCGAAAAUGCCUUGUUAGCACUUAAAGACAUCAUGUCAACAAAGUCUGACAUUAUUUUCCCGAUCUUGUUACCUUCAUUAUUAUCACCUCCAAUUGAUUCUUUCAAGGCAACUGCAUUGGCUUCAUUGGCUUCUGUUGCUGGUCCUGCAUUGUACAAGCGUUUGUCCCAUGUUAUUAAUACAUUAGUUCAAGCGGUCAUUGACUCUGAAACUAAGGGUGAAAGUGAAGAACAACAACAGGAAAUUAAAGAUGCCUUUGAUAGUGUGCUCCUUGCGAUCGAUUCCGAAGAAGGUUUGCAUCCAUUGAUGCAACAAUUGUUAUCAUUAGUAAAACAUGAAGAUGCUGCAAGACGUGCAGUCGUUUAUGAAAGAUUAGGUAACUUCUUCGCCAAUACCACAUUGGAUUACUCGGUUUACACCCAAGACAUGAUUGGUCAAUUUAUUUUGUCCUUAGGGGACAAGGCAUCUCCAAAGGUUGUUUUGGGAACUUUCAAUGCCCUUAACGCUUUAGUUAAAAAGCAGAGUAAAGAAUCCUUAGAAAAAUUAGUAAGACCUACUCGUCAAGCAUUGUCUUUAACUGGUGUCAAAGGUGAAGAUCUCGCAGGUUUUGCCUUACCUCGUGGUCCAAGUUGUAUCUUACCAAUUUUCUUGCAUGGUUUAAUGUACGGUAAUUCUGAACAAAAGGAAUUGUCUGCUUCAGGUAUUGCAGAAGUUAUUGAAAAGACUCCAGCUGUUAAUUUGAAACCAUUUGCGACAACAAUCACUGGUCCAUUAAUUCGUGUUAUUGGUGAAAAGGUUAAUUCUGAUAUCAAGGCUGCUAUUUUACAGGCGUUAACUGUAUUAUUGUCUAAGAUUCCUCAAUUCUUGAGGCCAUUCAUUCCUCAAUUGCAGAGAACAUUCGUCCGUUCUUUAGCCGAUCCUACAAAUGAUAAAUUACGUAGUAAGGCCGUUUUGGCCCUUGGAACUCUUAUUGAAUUUCAACCAAGAGUCGAUUCAUUAGUAACUGAAUUGGUUUCAGGUGCAAAGCAGGCAGACCAGGCCGUUAAGACGUCCAUCUUAAAGGGGAUCUUGGAAGUCGUCAGUAAAGCUGGUAAAAACAUGAGCGAAUCAUCAAAGACUUCUAUCAUGACAUUGGUCGAAGAGGAAAUUACUAAGGUUAGUGAGAAAUCAGCUGUUGCCUACGCAAGACUUGUUGGUUCUUUGUCAAAGGUUUUACUGUCUGAAGAGGCUACCAACAUUUUAAAGACUAAAAUUUUGAAUACCUCAGUUCAAGGAGACUUUAAAUUUUCAAUUUUAUCCAUUAAUUCAUUCUUGAAGGAUGCUCCAAAUCACAUUUUCCAAACUGGAUUGUUGGACGAGAUUGUUGACUUUAUUAUUGAAGCUUCUCAAUCCAGUCAAAGUUACAUUAGUGAUAAUGCAACAGUUGCUAUUGGAAAGAUUUUGUUAUUAAAUCAUGAAAACAAAUCACCCAAAACUAUAAACCCUGUGGUCUCCGAUACUCUCUUCGAAAUACCACAACCAACUGUUGAAAAAUUAAUUGAUCAACUUUGCCAGAACAUGUUGCAACCAUCAUCAAACUCUCCAGAUUCAAGAAGAUUGUCAUUGGUCGUUAUACGUACCGUGGCGAGAUUUAAGUAUGAUCUUGAAAUUCACGAAUACUUAGAUAAAUUGGCCCCAUCCAUUUUUACAUGUAUCAGAGAUCCAAUUAUCCCAAUUAGAUUAGCCGCAGAGAAAUCUUGGUUAGCUAUUUUCCAAUUGGUAGAAGAUGAGAAGGCUCAAAUAUUUGAUGAAUGGUUCAGCGGUAAGGAAACAAUGACCAAUGCUUUGGGAGCAGCUAUCCAAGCAAGAUCAAUUGGUGACUACACCAAGAGAGUGGCAACCAGGUUGGCAACUGUUGAGAGGGAAAGAAUCGAGCAAGGCGGUGAUGCAGAAACUAUGUUCUCAGAUAGAUUUGAAGAUGAAAAUGAAGUGUGGGCUGUUGGAGGUGUUGACUUGAAGAAAUGA